UCUGUUGUCGGCUAUGGACAAUCCCGGCGGCAGCGAGAUCCUUACAACUCUUCUUCAAAAUCAGACAAUGGAACUUGAUCUCUUCAUCAAUUCACAGCAGAGCGAGAGGUUAAGAACGGCUCUGGAAGAGCAGAGCAGGCGGCAGACAGCGCUGCUGCUACGGACACACCAAUCGAGGAUCCAAUUCUUAAUCGCGCAGAAGGACGAGGAGGUCGCGGCGGCGGCGCGGCGCGGCGCGGAGCUUCGAGAAUGUCUGGACAGGACGGAGAUGGAGAAGGAGAGGUGGCGGAGAGUGGCGCAGGAGAACGAAGCGAGGAUCGGACGGCUGAGAAUGAGUUGCGGAGGAUGCAAUAGGCGUAGGUGCUGCGUGGUGAUGGUGCCGUGCAGACAUCUGUGCUCGUGUCGGGAGUGCGAACCGCAGCUGGAAUCGUGUCCUGUCUGUAAAACGGUGAAGAAAGCCGCCAUAGAUGCGUUUCUUUAGUACUGCAUCAUGUGCUGUCGCCUGUACCUAUUCUCCAAAUUUGAAGAAAACUGCCGUUUCUAGAUA